GGAUCCAGUGAGAUGCUAGGUCUGGAUAUGUAUUCAUAAUCAUUUUCAAGUUAGACACUGUGUUCAACACUAAGAAUAUAAAUACAAAUCAUAAGGAAAGACAAUUUAUAUCCACACAGAUCUUAUAUUUUAAUGUGAAGAUAGUAUAUAAAAGGAAAAGGAAAAUGAUGAUGGGUUGUGUGAGGGUAAAAGUCAGGGUUUUCAACUACCUAGGAAAAAAGAUGUUAGCCUAGAGUUUCUGCCUUAAGUUUUUUUUUUUGUUUGUUUGUUUUGUUUUGAUUGUGGGUGUUUUUUGUUUGUUUGUUUUUGUUUAUUUUAAGGCAGUUGGGGUUAAGUGGUGAUUUGCCCAGGAUCACAUAGCUAGUAAGUAUUAAGUGUCUGAGACCUCAGAUCUUCCUGAUUCCAGGACUGGUGUUCUAUCUAAACAGUGCCAUCUGGCUGCUCUUUAAGUGGAGGUUUUGAAAGGAGCAAUCCAAUCAGAGCGACAGGCCACAGGAUUGGGGAGGGCACUUCUAGGAUUUGAAUGAGUUUCUAGAAUGAAAAAAUUUCGAGGACAUAGUAAAGAAAGUAGCCUGGAGAAGAAUGAAGACUUCUAUUUGUAGGAAUAUCUGUGUGGAAAUAUUUGGAUCCCUAGGAGCUGUUAACAUUAAUAAGUGGGAGAGGGUACAGCAAAAAAGCAAGCCUAGGAUCAACCUUUGAGAUACCUCCCACAAUGGCUAUGACGUGGAUGAUGAUUUAGCAAGAGAGAAUGAGAACAAAUGUUGAUCAAGUGAACAGAAGGAAAUCCAAGAGAGAAUAAUGUUAAAAAAAAAAAAAGAAAAGAAAAAAAGAGAACCAGAAAGAAGAUUCUAUCUAUUGGGAAAAGGUGACUAACAUUGUCAAAUCCUACAAAAGCUAAGAAAAUGAAGAUUAAGAAGGACUUAGUUAUAUGCUGACCAUUGGGACAUGGUUGUUGUACUUUGUUCUUGAAGAGGACCAAAAUUACAUCACUAUAUUAAAGUCAAAUUACAGUGUGUCUGUGGCUGAUGAGACCAGUACGAACCCAGAAUGCUUUUGCCACGGGUCAAACACACAGUCCCUAUGAAUAGUUGGGGUGGCUUCUCUAAUUUGGUGCAUCUCAUGUUUCUUUGAGCUAAUUCAAUUCUGCUUUGCUCAUAGAACAUAGCACCUUCUCUCUUGAGGGCUUGCCAUCUUGGGUGAUCCUGUGCUGGUGUCUCCCGUGUCAUCCAAUCAAUUCUAAAGUUCUUAAGAGAGACCUUGAGAGUGUUCUUGUAUUGCUUUUUCUGGCCAUCAAGUCCAGCUAGAAUAUCUAUGAGUGGGAAUAGGUUCCUGUUGAAGCUAAAUGAAUAGAAGUACAAGGUUAAUGGUUUCCCAUGGACCUGAGUCCAAACUACUUCGCUUAGUUCCAUUUUGUCUUGGGUUCUCAACUUGGAGAGGAACCAGGAGCAGGGUCUGAAAGUGUUCUGAAAUUCUAGGAAAGAGACUAUGUUAAUAAGUGUCCUUUUUCCUUUUUUUUAAUACAGUGAUACAAAUCCCCUCAGUAUAGAAGAUAAUGAGUCUGACACUUCAGAAGGAAAGAAGGAAAGAAUACCCCCCUCAUGUUCAAAAAAUAGAAAUUGACCAUAUUAGGUUGCCACGGCCCCAAGGUAUAGAAAGCAUAAUAGAGAAAAGAGAAGAGUCUGAAUCAGAAUCAGAGUCUGAAAUCAAGAGGAAAGUACAACCAAAACGUCACUGCAAUUCAUACCAAUCUGAUUUCCAAAUGUCUCCUGCUUCAAAAAAAAAUUUAACCCAUUUAGAGGUUUCUGCACAAAGUGAAUAUUGUCCACAAUGCGGGAAAGAAAGAAAAAAUCCAACCAAAUGCCAAAACUGCGGGGUUACUUUUUCUAAAGAUUUACAAAGAAAUUGUAGGCAAGCAUUAAAUGAAGCAGCAGUACCUUUAUCACGAACAUCCAUUCAUCAUAAUUCAGGAGGACAAAAGUCUCAAAACACUGGACUAAAUGCCAAAAAAUUUUAUGGCAAUACUUUGGGAAAGGUUCCAGUUGAUAUUAUUGUGAGUCAUGAUUAUGUUGGACAGAAUUUUCUACAGUCAAAUGGAAAAAUCCUUUUACCUGGUGCAAAAAUAUCCCAUAUUGCAAGCUUAAGAAAACGGAGUACAAAACCAUCUGAUCUAAAUGAUCCAAUAAUUUUGUCCAGUGAUGAUGAGGAUGACAUUGACAGUGGGAAUACUAACAGAAGAGAAAGCAUAUCACCUCGGCCUGCAGAUUCAGCACGUUCUUCCCCAGCACCCUCUACAGGAAAAGUAGAAGCUGCACUCAAAGAAAAUAGCUGUGGAUUAGAACAUAAAGGGAGAAGUACUGCAACAGAAUCAGAAUUGGUGGUCACAAUACCAAGAAAAGCAAGAAUGAAAGAUCAGUUUGGCAAUUCUGUACCAAAUACACCUCUAAAACGUCGUAAAGUUGCUUCUCCAGAAACUUUAGUUGAUACUACACCUUUAAAUUUCCAAAGUCACUUUGAAAGUGUUAUUUUGAAUUGUCGGAGUAUACGAAUAGGAACUCUGCGUCGAAUGGUAGCAGAGCCUGUAAUUUUUUGUUUAGAUUUUAUCAAGAUUCAUCUGGAGGAGUUUGAAAGUGGUGAUAUACAAGAGAUUGAUUUAAAAACCUCUGAACUUACUAAAUGUGAAUGGUGUAGUGUCAGAAAAUUACCUGUAGUGUUUCUCCAAACAAUACCAGCUGCUUGUCAUAGUCUGAGAAUGCAAUUGAAGAUGAAUCGAGAAAGAGAUAAUUCUUGGUAUGAUUGUGAAGGAGAAAGUCCUGAAGAACAAUAUAUCAUUUUAAUUUUUGAAACUGGCCUUGAUACACAGGCAACUAUAGUAUUUGAAAAUAUCAUUACUGAAAUUGGUAACAGAAAUAAUAUUCCUGAUUUUUUUGUGAAAAUCUCUUUUGAAGAAGCCAAUGGAAGACUUGUUGCUUUUACAAAAACUUAUGAAGAAGUUUCCAAAGCAAGUUCUCUGCAAAAAGAAGGCAAAAUAAAAAAUGUUUCAUUUGAACCUAAAAUACAAUUAAGAAAUAUAACACCACAGUUCCAGUUUUUUGAUGAGGACGAGGAAAUUGGAGAACCACAUACUGUCUUUAUUGGCCCUAUUGAAAAAUUGAUAGUAUAUCCACCACCUCCAGCUAAGGGAGGCAUCUGUGUUACUAAUGAGGAUCUGCACUGUCUAAAUGAAGGAGAAUUUUUAAAUGAUGUUAUUAUAGAUUUUUAUUUAAAGUAUUUGGUACUUGAAAAACUGAAUAAAGAAGAUGCUGAUCGAAUUCAUAUCUUUAGCUCCUUUUUCUAUAAACGCCUUAAUCAAAGAGAGAGAAGAAAUCUUCAUGAAACAACAAAUCUCUCAAUACAGCAGAAGCGACAUGGGCGUGUUAAAACAUGGACUCGACAUGUAGAUAUUUUUGAAAAGGAUUUUAUUUUUGUUCCCCUCAAUGAAGCUGCACAUUGGUUUUUGGCUGUUGUUUGUUUUCCUGGCUUGGAGAAACCCAAAUAUGAACCAAAUCCUCAGUACCAUGAAAAUAUUGCCAACCAAAAAAGUUCAGCUGCAGAGGAUAGCUGUGCUUCUUCCUCUUCAUCAAAUGAAAUGGAUAGUUUACAAAACUCUCCUGCCAAGCCUGUAAUUAAGAAAAUACCAAACAGAAAGCAUAGCAUGGCUUUAAUUGACUCAAGCAUUAUAAAUGAAGAAAGUGACUUGUACUGUCAGAAGAGCCCUUGUAGUGGAAAAAGUGUUCUGAAAAAAGUAAAUCAUAUUGAAUGUGAAACUAAACUAGAAUCUGCUUGUCAGAAACUUGAUAAUAGGACUAAAGAUGAGAAUGGCGUGCAAAAUGAAUUUCUACCUUCACAUCAUACAGAUGGUUUGAACAGAAUCAGAUUAAGCUAUAGUGAUGAGCCAGCUGAUAUUGGCAAUAAAUUGCUUGAAGAUGAACUUAUUGACUUCUCAGAAGAUCAGGAUAACCAGGAAGAUAGCAGUGAUGAUGGGGGUCUUGAUGAUACCUGUAGUUCUGAAUUAGGACAAUGGCAUUUGAAGCCUACUAUCUGUAAGCAACCCUGUAUCCUGCUUAUGGAUUCACUCAGAGGCCCUUCUCGCUCAAAUGUUGUAAAAACACUAAGAGAGUACUUGGAAGUAGAAUGGGAAGUAAGAAAAGGAAGUAAAAGAAGUUUUUCCAAAGAUCUUAUGAAAGGCUCUAAUCCAAAAGUACCACAGCAAAAUAACUUCAGUGAUUGUGGAGUAUAUGUAUUGCAAUAUGUGGAAAGCUUUUUUGAGAAUCCAAUUUUGAAUUUUGAACUUCCAAUGAAUUUGACAGACUGGUUUCCUCGUCCAAGAAUGAAAACUAAACGAGAAGAAAUUCGGAACAUAAUCUUAAAACUACAGGAAGAGCAGAGCAAAGAAAAGAAGGGAAAUAGAGACAUUAAUUUAUCAGACGCAUCUUUACAGGAAAAAGCAGAUCAAUAUAUCAACAGCAGCUCAGACUGAACUUUUCUGUUGCAUGUUAGCUCUCCUGUCAGAAACGGAAUGUUUUUUACAACUUCAGCUAAAUAGACUAAAGAACUGAAGUGUUUCACUACUCAAAAUAGAUUGGGAAUGUUUAAAAAUAAAAAGUUUGUACAAAUGUGUCAUAAUUGAUUCCCAAAGGAGUAUGUAUUAAGUAAAAUUCUGUAAAUAUGUUAAUGAAGCCAAUUUUUCCAGCAUUUGUAAUUAAUUUUUUCACUUGUUAGGAAGCUUUUGUUAUGUAUUUUCUGUUAAUAGUACUUAAUAGCAACUUCUAAACAUAAGACAAAUAAAAAGAAAAUACUUAUAGGAUAAAGUGGUUAACUUGCUAUUCUUUAGUAAAUAAAUAUUACGUUCCCCAGUGAGUAUAAUGUACAUAUUUCAAGGAACUAUUCAGGUAUUUUGUGAUCCUAUUUUUGACUUUUUACAUUUGCUUUUAAAAUACUAUGAAUUUUAAAAUACUAUCAAAAUUCAUCUUAGGCCCAAUAAAAAUAAUGAAUAUCCACAAAUAGAAGGCACAAAUUCAAGCAAUGUAGCAGUAAAAAUUAAAGGCUUUAAAUCCUUUAGUUUUCAUUUCACACACUCCAGUGUUUAACUGUUAGGACAGUUUUUGAAUCAGAAGCAACAUUAAGAGCAAUUUCAAGUAGUCCUGUGUUGUACUGUUUAGUAAUAUGCUAUACUAGCUAUACAAAUGUAUCUUGAAAAGUUUGGAAAGAUUUCAUUAUAGAACUGUUUGGUAAGUAUGUUUAGAAUUGCAAAUUGCCCACAUUACCUUUCUAUAUUGUGGUUCAAAAUGUGCUACAAUGUAUAUGCCAUAGUUAAGUAAUGAACAUUUUACAGAUCUAUUAUAAACAUACUUAUAAAUACAGGAUUACUAUUUUUUGUAAUGUUUACUGCAAAAUAUCUUCAGUGUUCAUUGAUUUUUUUUCUUGGGUUUUAACUAGAUUAUUAAGCUUUUUAAUCGAGAUAUUUUCACAGUAUGAUUUAUUCUUACAUGUAAAGGAUGUUACAGCCUUAAAUCAUUGUAAAAUGCAGAAUAAGCUCCUACCUUACAUUCUCCUUUACAAUUUUCAAAGGUGUUGUAUUAAGAUGAGAGAUGUACAGUUGUCUUGUACAGAUCUUGUAUGAUUCUACCUAAUUAUUCAUAACUUUUUUCAAUGAAAUUUUCAUACAUCUAAAGACAUUGUCCAUUUUUUAAAAAAUUAAGUUGUGUUGGGAAUUGAAAUAGAAUUUUUUAAAGACUCAUUUUGCUAUCCAUGAUGGAAUUGGAAGUGUAUAGAAUAUAAAGGGAAGAGAAGAAUAAGGCCGAGGAGUGGGAAAGUUGAGGGUUGAGGUGGGGGUAUUGAAAAUUUUAAAUUAUUUGGUUUCUUAAAAAAAGUAGUUUGGGUUUCAGCUUUCAUUCUCUACUUUAGAAUUUGUCAAGGGAAGAGGUAAACUGUUUAAACAAAAAGUAUACUAUUGAGAUAGAAUUAAAUUAGUUAUUGUAAUUUGUAUAGAUAUUAUUUUCUUUUUGAUCAUCUUCUCUUCCAUGUCCUUUAAAACAAUUAAGAAAACAAUUUUAGAACAUUUAUUUGAUGGAGAAAUACACUUUAAAGUUCAUUGUUAGAAUUGUCAACUAUAAAUUUUCUUUGCUAACACGUAUCUAUUCUCCAUUACCAAUUUUUUUUUUUUUUGUUCAAAUAAUAUGUUAGGAUUAUUUCAUUGAUAGACAUACCCUAGAGUUAGUUGCACAUUUCAGGAUGUGAAUUAAAAAAUGUUAUUUUAUCAUCAUUUAAUAAAUGUUAUGGUAAGAUGCUUUUAGAUCUGCAGUCUUACAGCAAGGUAAUAUACAUGUUGAACAUAGAACUUAUUUUUUUAAUAAAAUGAACUUAAUAGAAAA